AGCCAGCCGCCUCCCCCGUGCCAAACGAACAAAACGAAUUAUACUACUACUCGUUCCAGGAAGAGUCCAAUCAUCGCCUACAUGUUACCAUCACCUCGGCCCGUAUGCGCUACUGAUCCAAUAAGCUUUUUUAGAGGGGGAAAGAAAGUCGCAGUUCGGUGGCGGGGGUGGCGAUCGGCCGGCCGAUAUAUCCGGGGGCUGGCGUCGUGGGUUUUGUUUCUUCUCUUGCGCUGCCCGGGGAAUCGGUCGUCGGUCGUGACCGUGUGUUGUUUUGGGCUGGGUGAUCUUCCAUGGCGUCCACGGCGUACGCGCGGGGGUCCAAGCCGCCGGCCGGCCCCGGCGAGCGGAGGCAGCCGCGGCUGGCCAAGGAGCUGAGCAGGAUCGAGCCCAAGAAGCUCGGGAUCGGGCUCGUCGCCGGCUGCUGCCUCGCCCUCCUCACCUACAUCUCCUUCGCCCGCCUCUUCGCCAUCUACUCGCCGGUCUUCGAGAGCACGUCCAUGGUGAUGAAGAACGCGCCGCCUGCGUCCACGGCGGUGCCCAGCACGGAGGAGGCCGUGCCGGUACAGAAGAAGAUCGAAGUCGAGGGCGGUGAAUAUCUGGCUGGAGGCGGCACGGAGCCGAAAGAGCCCGGCUUUCCAGAAGAAACAAAGAUCGAAGAAAAGGUGGAGACCCCAGCGGAGACAGAAAGCACCCAAAAAGAGGAGACCGCGGUAACCAAGCCAGAUGGUGGCGAUAAAACAGAAGAGGUCAAGGCCACGAUGACCUGCGACGAGAACGCCGUGGACGAGGGCUUCCCCUACGCGCGCCCGUCCGUGUGUGAGCUCACCGGCGACGUCCGGGUCAGCCCCAAGGAGAAGACCAUGUUCUUCGUCAACCCGUCGGGCGCCGGCCCGUUUGACGACAACGGGGAGAAGAAGAUCCGGCCGUACGCCCGCAAGGACACCUUCCUGCUCCCGGGCGUCGUGGAGGUCACCAUCAAGUCCGUCGCGUCGCCCGUGUCCGCGCCGGCGUGCUCCCGGCGCCACGACGUCCCCGCGGUCGUCUUCUCCACGGCCGGCUACACCGACAACUUCUUCCACGACAACACGGACGUCAUGAUCCCGCUCUUCCUCUCCACGUCGCACUUCGCCGGCGAGGUGCAGCUCCUCAUCACCAACUACAAGCCGUGGUGGGUGGCCAAGUUCGCGCCGCUCCUCAAGAAGCUGUCCAACUACGAGGUGAUCAACUUCGACAAGGAGGCGGACGUGCACUGCUUCCCCGGCGGGCAGCUCGGGCUGUACCGCGACCGCGACCUCAUCAUCGGCCCGCACCCGACCCGCAACCCGCGCAACCUCACCAUGGUCGACUACAACCGGUUCCUCCGCCGCGCCUUCGGCCUGCCGCGGGACGCCCCCGCGGUGCUCGGCGACAAGACGGCCGUCAGGCCCAAGAUGCUCAUGAUCGAGCGCAAGGGCACGCGCAAGCUGCUCAACCUGCGCGCCGUCCAGGCCCUCUGCGAGGAGCUGGGGUUCGAGGUCACCGUGGCCGAGGCCGGCGCCGACGUGCGCGCCUUCGCCGCGACGGUCAACGCCGCCGACGUGCUCCUGGCGGUGCACGGCGCCGGGCUGACCAACCAGAUCUUCCUGCCGACCGGCGCCGUGCUGGUGCAGAUCGUGCCGUGGGGCAAGAUGGACUGGAUGGCCACCAACUUCUACGGGCAGCCGGCGCGCGACAUGCAGCUCCGCUACGUCGAGUACUACGUGUCCGAGGAGGAGACGACGCUCAAGGACAAGUACUCCCGCGACCACUACGUCUUCAAGAACCCCAUGCAGAUCCACGCGCAGGGGUGGCCGGCGCUCGCCGAGAUCGUCAUGAAGCAGGACGUCAUGGUGAAUGUCACCAGAUUCAAGCCAUUCCUCCUCAAGGCGCUUGACCAGCUGCAGGAUUAAUUAGAGCGUUUGUUUGGGUUGUUUCGUUUAUGUGGCACCGUUUCCAUAGGCUUCAGUGGAGUUGGGGUAUAGCUGAUGAUGAGUUUCGUUUUGUAACUUCAACCAAAGUCAAUUCAUUUCAUUUCUGUUGUA